AGUAAAUGGUGGACUUACUUUCAUUUCUAGACAGAAAAGACCGUCUAACUGUGAGGAAAAGCACUCAACAUAUUCCUAAGACAUCAUACUGGGGGCGUGCACGGUGAAGUCAGUGCCGAUUGACUUCACCGUCCAUCAGCACCUCAUAAAAAGCUUUAGUUGGAGUGCAUAUUCUGCAGAGUUUCACCCUUGAAAUAAAAGCACUCAUUUUGCCCAUGACACUGAAUUUGAGCACUCAAUUUAUCUGGAACUGAUCUCUUAAACGACGAUUCAAAUGGAGCAGUUCCGCUGAUGAGCAUGAACACCGUCUGGGUUUAUCUGUCUAAUUAGGUCUGCACAAUAUUCAAGCCGCUCUGCAGCCAUGGAGGAGAAUCGCAGCAGCCUGGCUGGAGGUGCACACCCGUCUGUGUCGGGGGGACAGAUGGACGGACACGUCUAUGAGGUUGCAGUACAGAGCAACUCCACUAAUCACAGCUCUCAGUUUGCAGAUGUGGCUCUGCUGCAAAGGUUCAAGCCUCUCAUCAUCCCCUGUUAUGUGCUUGUGGUGGUGGUGGGUGUCUUUGGGAAUUACCUGUUGCUCUAUGUCAUCUGCCGAACCAGAAAGAUGCACAGUGUCACCAACUUCUUCAUCGGGAAUCUGGCCUUCUCUGACAUGCUCAUGUGUGUGUCCUGUGUCCCUUUCACUCUCGCAUACGCCUUCAAUCCACAUGGUUGGGUCUUUGGCCGAUCAAUGUGUUAUCUUGUGUUCCUCAUCCAGCCCGUCACAGUCUACGUUUCAGUCUUCACACUUACUGCUAUCGCCGUCGACAGAUAUUAUGCAACCGUUCAUCCCUUGAAGAAGCGCACCACUGUGGGCAUGUGUGCGUCUGUCCUCUGUGGCAUAUGGCUGCUGUCGUGUGGGCUGGUGGCUCCUGCAGUGAUGCACACCUAUCACGUGGAGUUCAAGGAAGAAGGCUUCACCAUCUGUGAGGAGUUCUGGCUGGGACAGGAGAAGGAGAGACGUGCUUAUGCAUACAGCACCCUGCUGGUCACAUACGUCCUGCCUUUGUCUGCUGUCUUUGUCUCUUAUCUCUGCAUCACUGUCAAACUGAGGAAAUGUGUUGCGCCGGGCCACAGGACACAAGACCAGGCCGGCGCUCAACAGGCCCGCAAGAGAAAGAUCUUUCGCUUGGUCGCACUGUUGGUGUCCGCCUUUGCAGUGUGCUGGCUCCCUAUCCAUGUGUUCAAUGUGCUGCGAGACAUAGACAUUCACCUCAUCAACAAGCGCUAUUUUUUGCUGAUACAGCUGCUGUGCCACCUAUGUGCCAUGAGCUCAUCUUGUUGUAACCCCUUCCUCUACGCGUGGCUGCACGACCACUUUCGCACCGAGUUGCGGAAGAUGUUCAAGUGCCAGUGCCGUCAUCGCAUCGGCAUGCCCGCCAAUCACUGUGCCGCCAGUGUGGUCCUGUAAUCACCGACUUACUUACUAAACCUUUAAUGUGGCGCCGGAUUUGUGGAUUUCAUCACGGCUGCUUUUAAUAUCCACAUAAAUGGCCAUUGAGGAGAGUUCUGAUUAUUCUGGGGUGUUUGAAGGUGUUUUGUUCAAUGUAUGGUUUGAGAAACAGUAUUAAAAAUCAAAUCAGUAUUCAUCCUCAUGCUAUUGAAAGAAGAGGCUGAUCAUUUGACAGAAGGUUGUUAUGAUAUUUACAGAGUCUAUCAUGGCCAUGCCAAAAUGACGGGAAUAUAAUAUAUACAUUUCAGCAGCAGAUUCUAUGGAAAUGAAAAGUAAUUUGUGCAUUUAUAUGCCGCUUUUAUAGUCCAAUGCCAUUCACACUCACAUUCAUACAGUGGACCUACUGCACAUGCAGCGCAUCUUCAACGAUUCACACACUGCCAACACAGCUGUCAGGAGGACCGUGUCGGCGUUAAGUGUCUUACCCAGGUACGAACUGUGGAAAAAGUCAGAUGAUUUUAGUUUGAGUUGUAGGAAAAGUGUUGUCACUCGUGUUUUUAGUAUCUCCCACUAUGGAAAUCACGACCAUCCGUCCCAGUGUUCAGACCAGGAACUACAGUUGUCACGAUAUCCAUGUCUGGAACAGUGUUGGAUGAACAGAUCGAUAGAUCAACAGCCAUCUGAGAUUAAAUCUGGGUAACGUCUAGAGAUUUGACUGUGGACAUUUCCUGGAUUUUGCGCUCACAUAUGACAAAUACAGCAGGACGUGGUCUGGAUCAGAUGUGUCCACAGAAGCAGAAAGAUCUGAAUGGAAAGAUUAAGUCAGCUUCCAGCUUUCCUUUAAAGGAAUACUUCACAGAUUUCCAUUUAGCUUUGUAUUACUAAAAUAGGGAUAGUAUUUUUUCUACCACUAUUCUAGUAAUACAAAGCUAAAUGGAAAUCGGUGAAGUAUUCCUUUAACAGAUAAAUGAGCAAGAUGAGUGCAUGAUUAAAAAAAAAAUAAUAAUAAUAAUAAUUGCACCUUUACUCAAGGUGAAGAGCAUUGGAGACCAUUGAAGUGGUCAGGGAAGAUGUGUUUGUUUUACUCCAGGCAGCAGGCCAAUAAUGUCAGACUUAAUAAUGUGGUGCUCACCGUGGAAGAAAUUGAAGUCAUAGACUUGUGCCCCUGAGCUUUAAUUAACCAAAGCCUGCACCUCACUGUACAAAUUAUCCAAUUAUUUCUGAUAGCAUUGUAUUAUUGCUUUUAUAUAUGUAUAUAUAUAUAAAAAAUGUAAAAGUAGAGCCAUUGUAAUGUGGAGGUGAAAUAUGUUUUCUCUGUGCCAUUCUGUAUUCUCUGUAUGUACAUGUGGAAUGAGGGCGGUAAUAACUCGACUUUGUGAAGCUUCUUGUCAGUGAAAUAAAAAGAAAAAUGUGUCUAUUUGCCCUUUCCCCACCAUUACUCAGUGACUGAAUGGGUACAUAAGCAUAUUGUCAGAAUCAUUAGUGAGUCAUGUACAGUAUAUGGUUUGUGGUGUUACAUGCAAAA